AGGUUCGUUAUGUAUUUGGUUCUGCUGGUGACCAUUUUGUUGACCUUCCUUAUGCAAUAUGUAAGACGCAUUUACAGUUAUUGGCAGCGCGAGGGCGUGGAUGAGGAGCCACCCACAUUUCCAUUUGGCAUUAUGCUCAAAUUGCUGAAGAGACAACGUGGCUUUGGUUUGAUCGUAAGUGAUAUCUACGAACGUCACAAUUCCAAGAUUGUGGGACUCUAUGUCAUGCACAAGCCCGUGCUGCUGAUCCGUGAUCCUCAUCUGGCCAGGCAGAUCAUGACCAGCGAUUUUGCCAGUUUUCAUGAUCGUGGCAUGUAUGUGGACGAGGAACAUGAUCCUCUGUCGGCCAACCUGUUCAACUUACAAGGCGCCUCAUGGCGCAACUUGCGCCAGAAGCUGACGCCCUCCUUUUCCUCGGGCAAGAUCAAGGGGAUGUUUGACACGAUCGACGACGUGGGCGAUCGACUGGUGCAGCAUUUACAGGGCAUCGUCGACAAGGCUCCAAAUGAAUCUAUCGAAAUGAAGGCCAUACUUACAACGUUUGCCGUGGACAUUAUAGGAUCGGUAAUCUUCGGACUGGAUAUCGAUAGUUUUACCGAUCCGAAGAACGAAUUUCGUGCUAUAAGCGAUUCACUUCUAUCAGAGAUCGGAAUUCUACUUAGGAUUCACAACUUGUCCACUAUUAUAUUUCCACCAUUAGCGAAGCUCAUGAAUCGCAUGGGUUUUGAGAAUAAGGUUCUUGCCAAGCUGCGCGAUAUUAUGAAGCGUACGGUCGAGUUCCGGGAGAAGAACAAUGUAGUACGCAAGGAUCUAUUGCAGUUGCUUAUACGACUACGUAACACAGGCAAGAUCGGAGACGACGACGACAAAGUGUGGGAUGUUGAAACCGCGCGAGAGGAACUGAAAGCCAUGUCUAUUGAUAAGAUAACCGCUCAAGGUUUUCUCUUCUAUAUCGCCGGCUCGGAGACCACGGCGGCUACAUCAGCCUUUACGCUCUACGAGCUGUCCAUGUAUCCGGAACUACUAAAGGAGGCACGCGAUGAGUUGGACGCGGUUAUGGAGCGACAUCAGUUGAAGAGAGGAGAUAAGUUUACCUAUGAGGCAGUGCAGGAUCUAAAAUUUUUGGAUAUGUGUAUUAUGGAAACUAUCCGUAAAUAUCCGGGUCUGCCUUUUCUCAAUCGAGAGUGCACUCAGGACUUUCUGGUGCCGGAUUUGAAUUAUACCAUAAAACGGGGCACAGGCAUAUUGAUUUCGCUCUUUGGUCUGCAUCGCGAUGCCAAAUACUUUCCCAAUCCCGAGGACUAUGAUCCGCAUCGAUUUGAUGCCGAUAAUAUGAACUACAACCAAACUGCAUAUAUGCCUUUUGGCGAGGGUCCCAGGCACUGCAUCGCAAUACGCAUGGGCAAGGUCAAUGCCAAAGUGGCUGUGGCCAAAGUCUUACUCAAUUUCGAUUUGGUUCACGCGCCACGCAAGGAGGUCAAAUUUCGCUUUGAUCCGGCGCCCGUCCUGCUGCCAGAGGACGGUCUGCACGUGCGCCUGGUCAAACGUGCCUGAUUUUUAAUUACAUUCUAUCAAAAAUAAAUCAUGGAAUAUAUGUAUAUG